AUGAACUUCAUUAAGGAAGAGGAAAAGGACAAGUGCGUGGAGGGACAUGGACAGAAGCUAUUCUACCUCAAGUCGAGCAAAGAAAAAGAAUACGAGUUACACAUGGAUGUUUGCCAAGCCAUGGUAGAAGAUUGCCCCAUGUUGGAAGUGUACGUGGCUAGUCCAAAAGAAGGAAACAAUGAAAGCGGAAUAUUUGAAUUUUAUGAGAAUGGCCAGCUCAUAAAAAACUUUACCAAUUGCAAUGUCUCAACGGUUACGUCCUUCAUAAGGAAGUAUAUUCAAAAGGGAGGUUCCCCCAUGGAGGCUACACAAACUGGGGAAGGUAACUCCACUGAAAAAUCAGACACCGUGAAAAAAAUAGAACAUUUAAUAGGGAGCAACAAAAUUAUCCUCUUCAUGAAGGGAAGCAAAACUUUCCCCCAAUGUAAAUUCAGUAACGCAGUUGUGUUUAUGCUAAAUAGUUGUAAGAUAAAGUACACUACCUUUGAUAUUUUACAAGACCAAGACGUGCGUAAUGAGCUGAAGGUUUAUUCUAACUGGCCCACCUACCCACAACUCUACAUAAACAAGGAGUUGAUUGGCGGCCACGAUAUUAUUAAGAGCAUGUACGACAGUGGCGAGCUGCAAGACGUGGUGCCGCAGGACUGCUUCGAGGGGUGA